AGCGAUCAGUGCGAUAAUGGCAGAGUUCGUUGUGGAAUAUUGCUCCAACUGAGAUGGUGGGAGGCAGGAGAUGAGGUCGGCAAGCGAAGCAGUCGCUGCCGGUGCUCCUUCUGCCAAGAUCUCGACGUCUUGCAUCGACAGGAUGGGUGCGAUUUUCGUCGUCAUCUACAAGUGCGAGAACGGCGCAAAGCGGAAGAUCUACACCACUGAUCAGAGGAAUCUGUUCCGCAAGUACCCAGAUCGACGAUCGAAGGCGAUGGCGGAGAUCACUGCUAUCGUACGGCAGGAGAUGGGGAAGUAGAGGGCAUGAGGAGAGAUAAGGCUUGUCUGCCUGGCAGUUUCCGUCAAUGACGUGUAGCAGCACAAAGGGUGUUCCCUGCUGUUAACUGAGAACCGAGUGUGGACAACUGCUGAGGAGAGCAAGGUUGUUUACUCCUGUGUUGAUUUGCUUCCUUCUUGUUUUCACAUGUGAUGAAUUUGUUCUGGUUUCUUGUUGUACCUAAAGAGCCGAUCAAAGUGC